AUGAGCAAUAUAUCCGGCGCAUCUAGUGGAGUAUCAAAUGGUGGCCGAGAUCGAGGAAAAGUCAUGGGAAUUCCGAGAAGAUGUUGGUGUGGAGAAGAAAUCAUAACAAAGAUAUCCCGAUCGGAUUCAAAUCCAUACCAGCGCUAUUUUAGGUGUUCUUUAGCUGUUGCAAAGAAGCUUUCAAAUGAUAAUCAUGUGUUUAAGUGGGUUGAUGAGGCUCUGCUUAAUGAGAUAGAGGCAUUUGGUUAUCGAGCAGAAAGCAUUGAACACCAGAUGAAAGAGCUUUCAAAAUCACGUUUGGAGCUUGAGAAAAUGGUGUAUGACAAGAUGGAAAUGAAGCUACAGAAUGAGAUAUUUGAGAAAGUUGAAGAAAUAAUUGGUGAAACUGAAUCCAAGAUGAAGAAAAUGAUGGUGCUUGCAGUCUUUGGGUGUGUGGCCAUUGUCGGAUUCAGCAUGCUUUUAGGUUGA